AUGUCGGAGGAGGGCUAUGUGGAACCCGGCCCCUCACGAGACUUGGGGAGAUCCAACCGAGCUGCCUGUCCUGGUAACUCCACUCACUACUACAGUGCAACUUCCCAAAGCUGCUGCUUCCGCUGCGCCGAGAAUGAGAAGAAGCUAAGAGAUUGUCCACAGGAUCCCAAGGAGGAUUGCAGGAAGACCUGUCAGGAAGACUAUUAUCUGAUCCAGAAAGCCCAGAAGUAUUACUGUGAAGCCUGUGUCAGCUGCUCACGAGAUGACCUCGUGGAGAAGGUGCCUUGUUCCGGGAGAUCCCAUCGGAUCUGCCAGUGCAAAGACGGGAUGUACUGCACCACCUCAGCCAUCAACACCUGUGCCCGCUGCACAAAACACUCUGUCUGUGACCAUGGGACCAGGAUCAAACACCAAGGAACCCCGGAGAGGGACACUGAGUGCGAGCCGAAUCCGGUGGGGACAGACUCGGACGUCAUUUCCAGCCAGAAGGACUGCAGAUUUCACACCAACUGCACCAAGUUAAGCAAGCUGAUGAAUAAGAGAGGAAAUGCCUCGCAGGACCAAACCACCCUGGAUGGCAGCCCGGCCCCACUCACCCUACCCAGCCCGUUGGGAUCCACCGUUACCACACUGCAGCGGACCACCACCAGCCCCACUGCUCAACCAGAAGCACCAAGCUCCAGCCCCAGGGCUAGUGACCUCGCACUGGUUGCCAUCAAUAACAUUACAGGGCAGACGACAGGAAUCAUCCCCCAGGACACGAUCAGCCACGGGACACUUUUUGUAGAGAUCGCAGCAGUUGUGGCAGCUUCUGGCCUGGUCCUGCUGCUGAUUUUCCAGCGCAAGUCUUGUCGAAAGCGGAUCUUGAAGAAGCUUCACUUGUGCCCCGGUCAAGUGUAUAGACCCAACCAGAUGACCCUGGAUCCUGAUUUUGGGAAGAAUUAUUUACUGAACAGCAGUUCACUAGCAGCCAAAGGAGAAUCAGAAGAGAGCGAGGUCCUGAGCAGACUCCCGGCCCUGGAGACCAACAACAAUGAAACCCCUGGUUUAGGCAAGAGGCUCAGCCUGAGCUUGGCCGAGGUCCAUGGCUCUGGGGAGGAGACAACAGAGCCCCUGGUGAGGGGACACACCAAUAAUCGGAUCGAGAAGAUCUACAUCAUGAAAGCCGAGACUGUCAUCGUGGGAUCCAUCAAGGGCUCAGUCAACGAGGCCCCCAAGGGCAAAGGCCCGGUGGAGUCCGGCUGCGAGAGUGAAGUCCUGGAGACGGACCAGACCCCGCACUUCCCGGAGCAGGAGACCGAAAUGUCUCCCGAGAGUCACGUCAUGUUCUCUGUGGAGGAGGAGGGGAAGGAGUUCCACCAUCCCACAGCGGUCUCUGGGAAAUAA